AUGUGGGCACAUUCAAUGACAGUUCAAGAUUACCAGGAUCUCAUAGACAGAGGAUGGCGAAGAAGUGGAAAAUAUGUCUACAAACCUAUCAUGAAUCAAACGUGUUGUCCUCAAUACACGAUAAGGUGCCAGGCUUUGUGUUUUCAGACCUCCAAAUCUCACAAGAAAGUUCUGAAGAAAAUGUUGAAAUUUAUUUCCAAAGGAGAUGUUUCGAAAGUAGUAAGUGAAGAAGAGCCUAUGGAUUCCCAUAUAGAGGAUGUGGUCGCCUGCGACUUUGCAUACAAAAGUGAAUCUCAGGUCAGUCAGUCUGAACUGACUCCCUUGAGUGUGGAUGACACAGAGGGGGUGGAGAAUGAAGAUAAGGACACAGAAGAAACAAAAGAAGAGGUGAAUGUGCAGAAGGUGGAAUCGGGUUCUCUUCACAUAUGUGCAGAUAAAGACACACCAGUCCCUGGAGAACCAUCACGUUCGGCUAAAAUUGUUCACGCACCACCUAAGCCAGGCAAAGGGGCUGAUCUGAGCAAGCCACCAUGUCGAAAAGCAAAGGACAUACGGAAAGAAAGAAAACUGCAGAAACUCCUUCAGAACCAGAAAUGUGCAUCUGAAGGCUCUCCGCUUCAAGCAGGAGAUCAAGUUUUCCUCUUGCAAAACUCUAAAUCUAAAACAAACCAACCUAAAACCCUAGAAGACUUCGUUUUUGUCUCUUUACCUGAUGAUGCACCACACAAAUUAGAGUUCACACGAUUCCUCUGUGAUUCUCCUCUGGAGGCAGAGCAUGCGCCAAAUGGACCAGAAUGUGGCUAUGGUUCUUUCCACCAGCAGUACUGGCUGGAUGGGAAGAUAAUUGCUGUCGGUGUAAUUGAUAUCCUGCCCUACUGCGUGUCCUCCGUCUAUCUGUACUAUGAUCCAGACUAUUCUUUCUUAUCUUUGGGAGUCUACUCUGCGUUACGGGAAAUUGCUUUUACUAGGCAACUUCAUGAAAAAGCUCCUGAUCUCUGUUUUUAUUAUAUGGGUUUCUACAUUCAUUCAUGCCCCAAAAUGAGAUACAAGGGUCAGUAUAGGCCCUCUGACUUGUUGUGUCCAGAGACAUACGUCUGGACGCCUAUAGAGCAAUGUCUACCCCUGCUCGAGCACUCGAAAUACUGUCGAUUCAACCAGGAUGUAAAAGCCGUUGAUGAAGGUCGCAUUAAGGAACUGGGCAGAGUGAGAGUACUUCACAAGAGAACCGUGAUGCCUUACAGCGUGUAUAAGAAAAGAAGGAAGGGGCCAAGCGACGAAGCCAGCGUUCGGCAAUAUGCAAGUUUGGUUGGACAGACCUGUUCAGAAAGAAUGUUGUUGUUCAGAAGUUGAAAAAUCAUUAAAUGGCAUUUUGAUGGCGCUACAUUUUCUUGCACUGCCACUGGAUGAUAUGUACUAUAGUUGUGUGUUGGUAUGCCUACUCAAAUAGCAGUAUGAAAUACAGGUAUAUAUCUAGGCUUGUGUGAUUACAUGGUACUGUGUUUAAAGGCCAACUCCAAUAAAACUUAGAAUAUAGCAAGGCUUUAGCAAUAUAAGUUUAGAAAAACAUGCUUGCAAUAUAUUUUAAUUAAGUCGUUCUAGCCUUUCUAUGCAUUUUGAAUAAUUCUAAGUAUCUAAGCAAGAUGAAAAACAGGUGUCUUUUUUGUAGAGACAAAGGUUGACUAAAUCUAGAUUAACAAUAAUUAAAUUACAAAUGUUUUCAAAUAGCACCUUGGAUAUCUGUCGUUAAAAAUUGCCAUGAAAUUUAUGCUCGCGUUUGUAUGCUUCUGAACUCUUGCAAGAGAAUUGAAAUGUGCUGUUACUUUCUAACGUGAAAUCUGGCAUGGUUUAAUUUUAUUUCAAUAGUAUAUUUAAAAACAGGAAGAACUUAUUUUCACUGCACAUUCUUCAUUCCUUUAAAGCUGUGGGUUAGCGUCUGGGGUCUUAGUGAAUGUAGGAGUUCAUAGUAGGUUCUCAGUGGCAGGGGAUGCAGUGCUUUGGAAAAAACUUUCCCCUCUUGAGGUGAAACAGAAUAGUUGCACUAUAAAUAUACCAAAGAUAUGCAGCACAGUG